UGACUUCCUCUUUAGCUCUUGAAGUUGAGAGAAAGCUUUCUUCUGUAGCAUUUUGUCUUUCAUUCUUAUAAUUUUACUGAUGGCAGAGUUUAAACACAUUCCAGACUCCAGUAGCAGCUCACAGAACAAUGUGUACUGCAUGCUGAAUGAAGACAUGAGGAGAAUACCAUCACAGACAUCACAGAAAGUAUCAUUGUCUGCAGGUUGCAUGUGGUGGAAACAGUGUUGGAUUCCUCUGAUUUGUGGCAUGUUCUUUGUGAUUUUAUUAACCACAGUCUCUGUGUCCUUUAAACAGCAAUUCAGUAAACUGACUGAAGUAGAGAAUGCAGUGGGAAAUCUGACAGCAUCUGUCGUUCUGCUCACUUCCGACCAACAAGAUACAAAUGAUAGAUUAAUGGAGAUGUUUGGUAACCUGAAGGCUGAUCUGGAGAGCAGAAUAACAAAUUUGACUCGGCGGAAACCUGUUUUGAGCUGUAAAGCUGGAUGGCAACUUUAUCUUUCCAGCUGUUAUCUCUUUUCCAGUACAGCGCUGGACUGGCAGAAGUCAAGGGCUUUCUGUGGUGCACAUGAGGCCCUGCUGCUCAUUCUGGGGCAGGACGCCAGCGAGUGGAAUUUUAUUGUAAAUCGCGUCUCUAAAUUGCAAUCACACUGGAUUGGCCUGACAGAUCAUACGACUGGUCAGUGGAGGUGGAUUGAUGGCUCACCCUAUAUCAUGGACAGAAGUCAGUGGGAACCAGGAGAACCAAAUAAUUUGGCUGGAGAGGACUGUGCAGAGCUAACUAAAUCUGGGAAACUGAAUGAUGGGAUGUGCUCACAGUCUUUUCGCUUUAUCUGCAAAGCACCAGCCAAUGAAAACUAACUACUUGGCAUGUGGAAGUGUGGAGUGUCAUGCCAUCAAAAUUCUAGGAGUAUAAUAAAGAGGAGAUUGUUAGUCGUUUUUAAUCUUUUGAAAAUUGUGAUUUUCUUGGUAGCUCUAAAGUCUCUAAUUGAACUAAUACUACACUGUAAAAAACUUGCUAGAUGUUCUCCCUACAAAGAUAAAUAAGUAACUUGAACAUAUAAUUUUUAGUUAAAGGAGUCAAAUAAUUGUUUUGCAUAUACUAAACAAAAUUAGCCUAAACAUGUUUUUAACAAAGAUUAUUUUGUUGACUGGACUUAGUCAAAAUGCCUCAGAAAGUUUGCCCAACUUACAAAAGAGUGUAUUCUGAACAAACAAUAUUGCAAGAGUUUGAGAGUUCCCAAGAUGCAUUGUAGUGUGUUUUCUUUUAAAGAUUAGUGUUUUAGUUCUUGCUGGCUUAAUUUCUGCUUUAAUAUUGUUGUUACUGUUAGUUAUCUGUUGUGUUUAGAGUUUUUUCAAUGAAUGAUGGUUUUUGAUUGUUACCAUGGUUGAGAUUUGUGUGUUCAAUGUUUAGGUGUAAGUGCAUGACACAAUACCAACACCGUUAUAAAUGCACUCAACACAAACUGUUCAAACAGUUGUUUGAUCAAAGUUUUGGUCUGUUUGAGGCAAGAAAGAAGUAAAAUUGUAGUUUAUUUUUAAAUAACCAAUCACUAUUUUCUAUUUAUGUUCAGCCAACAAAAACAUUUUGUUCUGUUGUUCAUUGGGUAAACUUGACUAUGUUGUGACAACUAAUAACAUAAACAUAAUUUUUCAAGUUGAUUGAACUUUAGUUCCUGUUUGUUGAGUUAGCUCAAAAACAUGCUUGUGAUAGGUUGCCUUAUUAUUUUAAGUUGACUUGACUAUUUCUUUUACAGUGUAAAUUUUAUAAUUCCUACAAAGAUAGUUAUUUAUAAUUACUAACAUUAAGAGCAAGGCUGUAGAGAAAAAUCUGUCUGUGCAAUUAAUCAUUUUUACAACUGUACCAUGUGUGCCAUACAGUUUUGCAUGUGCUUGAGACAGAGCCACUUGUUUGUCGUUGUGCUUUUAGGUGAGGUUAAUCGAUGGCACAUCACUAUUUUACUUGGUAGUUGUAGUCUAUUGUGCAUUGAAAACUUGUGUCCCAGUCUAACACCAAAGGUGACAAAACACCUACUUGUCACCUACUUGGUUGGUUCCCUCUGUUUCUCCCUGUGUUUUCCCCUCGGACUUCAUUACCCAAGCUCCCGCACCUGUUUCGUGUCUCCCCACACCUGCCCCUCAUCACCCAUGGACUAUAUAUAUUCAAUCUGUUCCCUUGUUCAAUGUCUUGUAUUGUUUAUGUUAAUGUGUUUUUCUGUUCCUGUCUACCCUUUGAUCUAAUAAAAGAUAUAUAAUGUGCUUCUCUACAUAUGCUACGCGUGACACUACUACAGUCAGACGAUGGUCACAGUAUUUGGUGUAAAACUUGAGGCAUUGAGUCCACAUAUCCAAAUCCUUUUCCCAAAAUUCAUUUUGCUGUUUUUAUAUUGUGCUAUUUUUAUCCAUACUGACCUGUUUCAUUUGUAUUUGAACUCACCAUUCGCUAAACAAAACUCUGCUGUUGAAAUACAAUAUCUGUCUUCUUCUUUGUGUUUGUGACACCCUUCAGAGGCAGAAAAAUGUUUUGAAAUCGACUAAACUCUCUCAAAAGGUUCUUCGAUGCCAUAGCAAAGCAUAUGAAGAACUUUUCUGU